GAGCGAGUGACAGCCGAAGUGAAUCGCGCAAGUGAACAGUUAGUAAACUGGAUGAAGCGGAGACGUUACUGGACAGCUCGAUGGAAACAGAUUAGUAACGAUUAGUCGCGUUCAGUGGUCACGUUUUGCAACUUUGUGCAGAGUAAUUAGUUGACUGUCACGAGUACAAGUAAUGCUCUUGAUGGCAAACUGAGUUAACACUGUUGCUUCGAGUUUUAGUACAGGUAACGUUGACAUUAGCAGUAGGCAUCUAGCGAGCAAACGCUAAAUAACCUCAGUGUUUACGGUCCCACCGGAUAGAUGGGUGACAUAAACCCAUCGACAUCUCAUGCCUUUCAAUCAGAGGGCUUUAGUCCGCCGUACAGGAGAAGGAGGACGGUUGAAGAUUUUAACAAGUUUUGCACUUUUGUUUUGGCCUAUGCCGGUUAUAUACCAUACCCGCAGGAGGACUCUCCCCUGCGCAGUAGUUCCAGCCCCCCUAAUAGUACAGGCAGCACAGCUGACAGCGAUGGCUGGACUCCUGGACCCCCAACCUCCUGCCCCCAGCGUCCUACAAAGAUCCCCCAAGACAGGAGCAGGAAGCGUCCUCAGCCAGGACCUAUGCUGUCCAGCCACACCAGAAGAGAUCACACAAUCACCACCCUGCAUCCAGAUGACCACAGGAAAGCUGACAAGCUGAAGAAGAAGAAGAAGAGGAGAAAGGAAAGGGAACAUCGGUCCAUUGAGGAAAGUGGGGAACAGCAGGCCCACUCAGCAGUGCCAGAGCUGGAGCCGCCUCUUUCCUUUGGCGGCCGAAUGAUCAAGGAAGAGCCUGAAGAUGAUCUCAGCAUUCCCCUCCACCCCCAGUGCCUGCCCAGCCCAUCCCCUUGCAAAGAGGAGCCCAAGGAGGAGCCUAAGGAAGAGCCUAAGGAAGAGCGUCGACACUGGGAUGGUCGAGACCUGGAAGAAGGAGUGGUAAAGAUACAAAAGGUGGAGGGGUUUUCAGGAAACCGAACCGUGUUCCGCCAGGGAAAGCAAGUGGUAUUCAGAGAUGAGGACGGGUCAGGAGAGGAUGAGGACAUAAUGGUAGACUCGGAUGACGACUCGUGGGACCUGGUGACUUGUUUUUGCAUGAAACCUUUUGCUGGCCGAGCCAUGAUCGAAUGUAACAAGUGUAACACCUGGAUCCACCUGUCAUGCGCCAAGAUCCGCAAGAGCCACGUUCCAGAGACAUAUGUGUGCCAGAGCUGCCGAGAGACACACGGACCCCUGGACACCCGUCGCUCCCACCGCUCUCGUGUUGGCUCACGCAAACAUCUGCUAGACUGACCCCAGGUCAAAUCUUAAACUCUGCUCCUGCCCCCCCCCCCCCCAAUAUACGUGCUGGACUGACCCCUCCUCAAAAUCAGGUCUUGCACCCUUCGGUCUCUGUCCUUUGUGGUCAGCCAUGAACUCACCUUUUCUAUGAACACUUUGGUGGACCUAUUCCCAAGCCCUUAUCCCAUAUAAAAACAGUUUGAGUGCUGUUUUAGAUUUAUUAGGGUUGUUUCUGCUUCCUACAAACUCUGUGCGUAAGGCAAUCACUGAAUGGAUAUCUGUAGAUUACGUUAGCAUUAACAGUAAACUGCUACUGUUGAGAACGUGUGUCUCAUGAACACUGGAAACAUUUGAACUGCCAUAUAGAGAGAAUACCUUCACAACUGCCACCCACCAUGGUGCAUGCUGGGAUUUGUGGGAAAGAUGGUUUGCACUUUUUUUCUCACUUUUUUUUUAUUAUCCAUCUGACUUUGGUCACAGAUAUGCAUAUGUCUUUCUAAACUGGAUUUGAUUUCUUUAGGUUGCCUCUGUAAAUGUUACACAAUUAACCAUUUAAAACUAGUAAAGCCUUGUGUUAAUUGCUUCAGAUGGUGCUAUAGUAUUAAGCUGAGGUAUAAUCCAGUAGAACAAAGAUGUAGGAUUAAAAAAAAAAACCUUAGUCUGCAUCUGCUUCAUCUGUUUGUUUACUUUUUUAAUUUAAGACAUUUUGAAAGAAUAUUAUGAAACUAAAAGCCCAAAUUAUUUGAACCAAGUGCUUGUUUUCCCCUCUACUUCACAAGUUGUCUUCCAAGCUCAGUGAUUUCUUUACAAUCAACAUAUAAGUCAACUAUAAAUGGAGCUUUAACAGGCUCUGUGUUAAGUGUUCACAGUUUGCCAGUUUUUGUUUUCUUUUAAAGAAACAGUCAUGUAACAGUUCUUAAAAAGCUACAUAAUCAACAAGAAUCAGAAAAAAACUUUCUGAGUACGGGUGCUUUAAGUUUCCUUUGGUCUGUAUACUUUUGCGGAAUGUCAUGGAAGGAUUGGACAGUGUGUUCAUGACUGUUUCCCACACUUGUUUCACAAUGACAAAGUUUUUCAAGACAAAUUUGUUUCUAAAAGGGAACUUUGAGGCCGUCCUGUUGAAGUAUUGACAGAAAAAAUAAGGAAGAAAAAAAAAAUUGUCCUAACUGGAGUAGUAUUGGAAGAGAAAUUCUCCAAAGAAAAUAUGCAUGUGAGUGUGUGGGUUUGAGUGAGCGUGUUAGCGAUGCAUGCGCUGCUAUGAGUUGCCUCAUCUAAGCUCCGUGGUUUUGGUCUAUAGUAAGAUGUAGAAAAAGAUAUCUGCAAAGUGGGAGCAGUCAGUUUAUUCUGUUUCUGAAGGGUCAGAUCAGAGUAGGAUCCCUCGGUCUCUUACCACUUCAUUUUCAUAGCAGUAUUCACUUAUUUAUGAAGCAAGUUUAAGGGAAAAUGUUUUUGAGGAUAUUUUUUUUUUCUUUUAAACCUUGCUUCAAUUAAGAUUAAAGAGGUUAAGCUUUGUUUUUCAUGUGCCAUCUGCUGUUGGACCUGUUUGUGUAGGCUACAUAUUGUUUCUGAUUAUAUAAAAGCCAUACUGUAGAGUGACAGAUUUUUGACAGAACCUCAGAUGUUUGUCUAAGAAGGGGUUUUACAAUGCAGAGUCAUUUAAUUAAUCGGGGAACGACUAACACACGGUGAAUGUUUAGUUUUUGAAAAACACAAGACUUUCCAUGUAUUAAAAGUGGUUAAGCUUAUUUGUGCACUCUUGUCUUUUGCUAUUUACAAAUGUUGGUUAACUAGUUUGUACCAGCAGUCACCAAGGUUGAUGUUUUUAAGACUUUUCAAGACAAGAAAAAGAUAAUUAGCCAAUUCUCAGAAGCAGUCAGAGAAUCUCAAGACAUCUUCAGGCACAUAUUCAUAUUUUGUGUCUGCGUCUUAGAAACAUUAUUAUCCUCUAUGUUAACAAUGCUCAUUGUGACACAGGUUGUUUAUUCUGAUCCUGGUUGUCCUAUCCCCUCACUGAGAAAGCGUUGUCUGUACUGUUGUGCAAACUGUUUCUGUGAAACUAUUGUAAACUAUUGUAAAUAAAGAGUUACCAUUUUAA